AUGAUUUCUAAUUGCGAUUGUAUUAAUAUAACUCAAGAUAAAAAAACAAAUGUAUUUUAUAAUUUUAAUGGUAUUAAAAAUCAAGAAGAAAAUAAGGAGAUUUUAAUAUUAACUGAAUCAAAUGUUGAUCAAUAUGACUUGCAUAAUGGAAAUCGUCGACAAAAUAUCUCUGAUGAUAAUGCACUUCGUGAAAAUGAUACUCAAACUGUACAUGAUAAUCGUCUUAAAACGAUGACUUCAUUUUAUAAAGAUAUAUUGAUUAGUAUUGGAGAAGAUCCUACACGUGAAGGUUUAUUAAAAACACCAAAACGAGCUGCUGAAGCGAUGUUAUUUUUUACCAAAGGUUAUGAACAAUGUGUAAGUGAUGUAUUAAAUGAUGCUAUAUUUGAAGAAAAAUGUGAAAAUAUGGUUAUUGUUAAAGAUAUUGAUAUUUAUUCAUUAUGUGAACAUCAUUUAGUACCGUUUUUUGGUAAAGUUUCUGUUGGUUAUUUACCCAAUGCAAAAGUAAUUGGAUUAAGUAAAAUAGCUAGAAUUGUUGAAGUAUAUAGUCGUCGUCUUCAAGUUCAAGAACGUUUAACUCGACAAAUAGCUGAAGCUAUUCAAGAAGCAGUUCAACCACGAGGUGUCGCUGUUAUUAUUGAAUGCGCGCAUAUGUGUAUGGUUAUGCGUGGUGCUCAAAAAGUCAAUUCACGUACAACAACAUCGGCUAUGCUUGGAGUUUUUCGUGACGAUCAUAAAUCACGCGAAGAAUUUUUAUCACUCGCACGAUUUACUUAA